AUGCAGCGCGUUUCAACAGCGCCGUCGCUGCUCAUUCAAACGCAUCUACUCCAGAAAUCUGUCACAUCACUACAUCAUCGAGUCACGUCCACUCUACAAAAGACACACGGUAGACGAGUGUCCCUAUCGGUGGAUUCACCAAAGGUAUUGCAAGUGAAGAAGUCCGCAUCGGAAGUGCUGACACCGACACGCAAAAUUGCGCCGACAAAAGCCGCCGAAGACGUCAUGGUGAAGGCGUCAACGGACGCGGAACCGAUGGCGAUCACAUCGGCCAGUGGUCAGGACGCUCCUUCACCCAGCAUUCAACAGACUGCAACAAACGAGAAUGAUCUACACGUAGACGUCACUGAGUCGGCAGAUUCGUCGAAAACUUCAUCAAGUUUGCUGACGCCACCGUCAGAAGAUGAUCAGGAUUCGAAACCGGGUACAGCGCAAUCUUCUUGCGGAGUUCCUUCAAGGAAACGGAAGUCUAACGGUGUUCGGAAACAGCUACCCGAGGAGUCACUGAGAAAAAGUGGCAGAAUAACGCGGACAUGUGACCCUUCCACGGCAGAUUUUGUUGAUAAUUACGUCGACUCGAAGCGGUUAAAGCAGCCAAGAAUCGUUCAACCACCAAAGGGAGGUGUGCGAAAACCCAAUGUGAUGCCGAAGAACAAAGGUGCCAAGGAGAAGGAUAAGCUUUCCAUUGAUAUGGUGGGACCACGUACGCGAAGCAACCUUGUUGAACCUAUUGUUUCUCCCCUCGGUUCAACUAGGCGGAGGCAUGUUCACAUAGAAUUGACGGCAAAAAUUGGUCCAGAUCAUCAGGCAUCUUUCGAUCCUUUCUACGCUAGCGAUUUCGUUGAGCCAUGUAGAUCAAAAGUCGAUGAGGAGCCUGAUAGGGAAGAAGCUAUGUGGCACCUAGAGCCAAGCGGAAGUGCAGCAUAUUCAAACGAGGAGCUAGACGAGGCUUGGUCAGCGAUUCGGUCCCAAUAUGGAGGGAAGAUUGGAUUGGAUUCGAUGUUGUACUGCUUUAUGAAGCAGAACUACAACGUUGAUGCGCUGCUGGAGAAUAUCGAAACGGAACAAUGGAAAAACUUACCGCAGCCGUUCGAAGAAUUGAAUAUAGCUCAACAAAGGGAAUUCGAACGUGUUCUCAGGGAUAUAAAGGGAAAGAAUUUUGCGUCUAUUCAAGAUAAAUUCAUGCGACAAUAUUAUGUUGGAGAAAUUGUUGAUUAUUAUUAUAAUUCUAAGCGGAAAGGAUGUGUGCAUGAUCGGUACACAAGAUGUACAUGUAGAGAUAGGCUGACUAGUGCAACAGUGGCGAAAGUGCCAAGAUAUGAAUGUGCAAACUGCUCAAAAUAUUUAUGGGAAGGAAAGCACCGACCGCCGAAGUACUGUGCAGUCUGUCGCCUCUAUUUCAAGAGGAAUGGUGCUCAUCGUAACGUUGUGGGGAAGUUAUUCGAGCCGGAUGAGAAAAUAGUAAAGCGGUGGAUAGAGUUGGAAAAAGACAAUAAACGUGCGAUGUCUAGUGAAGAGGUGUUAGAGUGGCUUGAAGCCGAGCGUCGGGAAGCGGUUCUGUUGAAUCCGGAUUUCGAUGAGAUCCCAACACAUCCAGCGAAGAAGAAACUAAAAAGUGAGCAAAUCGUUGAACUUACGCAGAAAUUCAAGACGACCACGAAUCCAAGGUGCGCGUUACAAACGGACUAUGGUAGUGUCGUUGGUCGCGUGGCUUUAGAAGGCUUCAAGAACGACGAGAUCCUAAAGAUCGUUAGAGCUUUUAAAAAGGUCGGAAAGAAAUUUGCCGAAAUAUCGAGCAUGGUCGGGAACCGUACACCGCAAGAGAUCUCGAUAUUUUAUCGACGAUAUAAACUACAGUACCACUUGGAUACGUUAUUCGACAGUUCACGAAAAGCUCUACUUCCACCGGUGAUAUCGUCGUCGACGUCACGAACAAUACAUACGGAAAACGGUUCCUCGUCGCCAACUCCAGAACCGAUGUGCCGUCGAAAGCGAGCUGGAUCUGAUCCGUCGUAUCCGGAAGGCGACGUGGUCCCCAUUAAAUCCACACGUGUUACUAGGCAGUCUGCACAUACGCAACGUGAACCAGAUGAACGGGAAUCUAACGGCCGGUCAGGGGAUUCUACCUCCACGUUCGACUUCAAUUCAGAAUCGUUGGAAGUUAAUGAACGCAUGCGGGAAGGACUAGAAGUUGAGGAACAUGAAGUAGUGAAAGAGUGA